GGUGCUGCAGGAAUGACAAGGACAAGUUAUGCUAGCUACGGUGGGAUGUAUUCCUGGGAAAUGGAGUUCUUUCAAGGGAUGCGUAGUAAAAGAGCUAACCAGAAUCAGAAAAUAUGUCAUUGCAAAUGAUCACAGUCAGGAAUAACAUAGCCUUACUUCAACCAGGCUUCUCACUGAUGAAUUUUGAUGGGCAGAUUUUCUUCUUUGGUCAGAAAGGCUGGCCCAAGAGAUCCUGCCCCACUGGAGUUUUCCAUUUUGAUGUAAAGCAGAACCAUCUCAAACUAAAGCCUGCAGUUUUCUCUAAGGAUUCCUGCUACCUUCCUCCUCUUCGUUACCCUGCCACUUGCACAUUCAGAGGCAGCCCCGGGUCUGAAAAACAACAAUAUAUCAUCCACGGUGGGAAAACACCAAACAAUGAGCUUUCAGAUAAAAUUUAUGUCAUGUCUGUCGUUUGCAAAAACAACAAAAAAGUUACUUUUCGCUGCACAGAGAAAGAUUUGGUGGGAGAUAUUCCAGAAGCCAGAUACGGUCAUUCCCUUGAUGUGGUAUACAGCCGAGGAAAAAGUAUGGGUGUUCUCUUUGGAGGUCGGUCAUACAUACCUUCUAAUCAAAGAACCACGGAAAGGUGGAACAGUGUAGAUGAUUGCCUGCCCCAUGUUUUUUUGGUGGAUUUUGAAUUUGGAUGUGCUACAUCAUACAUUCUUCCAGAACUUCAGGAUGGACUAUCAUUCCAUGUUUCCAUAGCCAGGAAUGAUACCAUUUACAUUUUAGGAGGACAUUCGCUUGCCAACAACAUCCGCCCUGCCAAUCUGUACAGAAUCAAGAUUGACCUGCCCCUGGGUAGUCCAGCUGUGAAUUGCACCGUCUUGCCAGGAGGAAUUUCUGUAUCCAGUGCAAUCCUGUCUCAAACUGGCAAUGAUGAAUUUGUUAUUGUUGGUGGCUAUCAGCUUGAAAAUCAAAAAAGAAUGGUUUGCAACACGGUCUCUUUAGAUGAUAAUAAGAUAGAAAUUCGUGAGAUGGAAACCCCAGAUUGGACGCCAGACAUUAAACACAGCAAGAUAUGGUUUGGGAGCGACAUGGGAAAUGGAUCUAUUUUCCUUGGCAUACCAGGAGACAAUAAGCAGGCUGUUUCGGAAGCAUUUUACUUCUACAUGCUAAAAUGCACUGAAGAUGAUGUGAAUGAAGAUCAGAGAAUUUUCACAGGCACUCAGCCAUCAACAGAAGAUCCAGGGGACUCAACUCCCUUCGAGGACUCUGAAGAAUUCUGCUUCAGUGCAGAGGCAACUAGUUUUGAUGGAGACGAUGAAUUUGACACUUACAAUGAAGAUGAUGAAGAGGAUGAAUCUGAAACAGGCUACUGGAUUACCUGCUGCCCUACGUGUGAUGUGAACAUUAACACUUGGGUACCAUUCUAUUCAACUGAGCUCAACAAGCCUGCGAUGAUUUACUGUUCUCAUAGAGAUGGGCACUGGGUCCAUGCCCAGUGCAUGGACCUGCCAGAGCGUACCCUCAUCCAUCUGUCAGAAGGAAGCAACAAAUAUUAUUGCAAUGAGCACGUGGAGAUAGCAAGAGCGCUACAAACUCCCAAAAGAACAGUACCCUUAAAAAAGCCCCCAAUGAAAUCCCUCCACAAAAAAGGUUCUGGGAAAAUCUUAACUCCUGCCAAGAAAUCUUUCCUUAGAAGAUUAUUUGACUAA